AUGUCAGGCGUUGGGGAAAUUUUGAAAGCAGUUGGUGAUUUUGGGCGAUUCCAGAAAUGCCUGGUACUGCUCUCUGUGAUCCCCUGCCUCAGUGUGGCUUUCCACCAGUUUUGCCAGCUUUUCAUGGUCCUAGAUGUGCCUUACCACUGUGACACCAGCUGGAUCCGUGCCAUUGGCCCCAACCUGACAGAGGAAGAGCAGCUGAACCUCACCCUGCCCCGGGGCACGGACGGGCAGUUUGAGCAGUGCUCCAUGUACUCCCCGGUGGACUGGGACCUCGAUUCCAUCGUGGCCUACGGGCUGAAUGACACACAGAAGUGCAGCAAUGGCUGGGUGUACCCCUCGGGACAGCCACCAUCCCUGCUGACCGAGUUUGACCUGGUGUGUGAUAAGAAGGACCUGAAUGACAUUUCCCAGGCCAUCUACAUGGCAGGGCUGCUCCUGGGUUCCAUGGUCUUUGGGCCUCUAAGUGACAGGAUUGGCCGCCGACCAGUCAUUCUGAUCUCCGUCUUCCUCCAGGGCUUGUUUGGCCUGGGAAUUGCCUUUGUGCCCCAUUUCUAUGUGUACAUGGCCUUCAGGUGUGUCGUGGGGGCCUCCGUGUCAGGGAUCACCAUGACAAUACUGGCCUUAGCUACAGAAUGGAUUGGUGUCUCCUCCCGGCCAAAGGCAGUGCUCACUUCUCACUGCUGUUUCGCCAUCGGGCAGAUGAUUUUGGCUGGUUUGAGUUAUGGGAUUCGUAACUGGAGGCUGCUGGAGAUUGCAAUAUCUGUUCCUAUAUUUGCCUUUUUCUUCUUCAUCAGGGUGCUCCCAGAAUCAGCUCGCUGGCUGGUGACCAAAGGCAGAAUCGAGGAAGCCAAGAAGCUCCUGCAGAAGGCGGCAGCCACCAACAAGCGCAGCCUCCCUCCAGAGCUCCUGGAGCAGUUGGAGCCUGAGAAGGAGGUCAAGUCUGCAAGUUUCCUGGAUAUCUUUCGGAAGAGGCACCUCCAGAAGGUGACUUUAAUCAUGUCAUGUGCCUGGUUUGUGAACAGCUUUGUCUACUAUGGGCUGAGUUUGAACGUGACAAAUUUUGGCCUGGACAUCUACCUGACUCAGCUGGCCUUUGGAGCAGUGGAAAUCCCAGCCCGAGCUGGUUGUAUCUUCACCCUGCAGAGGUUUGGGAGGAGGAAAACGCAGGCUGUUCUCCUGGUGCUGAGUGGCCUGGUGUGUCUGGUCAUCACUGGCAUCCCUGAAGACCAGCCCGUGGCAACCACCAUCCUGGCCACCAUUGGCAAGUUUGCUGCCUCAGCCUCCUUCUCCACCUCGUAUGUCUAUGCUGCCGAGCUGUUCCCCACGGUUGUCAGGCAGACGGGCGUGGGGCUGUGCUCCAUGUCAGCACGGGUGGCCGGGAUCCUGGCCCCGCUGGUCCGUCUCCUGGGCCGGUACCACGGUGCCAUCCCCAUGGCCAUCUUCGGCAGUGCCCCCGUGCUGGGGGGGCUGCUCUGCGUCCUGCUCCCCGAGACCCGCGGCACCGAGCUGGCAGAUGACACGGGGGCCGGCUGCCCCCCGGCUGAGGUCUGUGAAAAUGCCACCAGCGACUCUCAGAAUGGGCAGGUGAAAGGAAAAGGUUGCGGCCAAGACAAUGACAGCAUGAAGACCACGUACUUCUAG